AUGUAUGUUGAGGUUUCUGUUGCGGUUAACUACCUUCUCUCACAUCUCUACACUAAAUUACCAAGAAGGCGAGUGGAUAAUUUCGGUGAAGAAUUAGAAAAAUGCCUGAUUAGGAAACUUCAGCCUGGUUGGUUUAUAGAAUCCUCCGAUCAGGAAUCAACACAUCGGUGCUUUCAAACCAGUGGACCUCAUACCGAUUUUAUCUUCCUAGAAGCUGCCAUUUCCAGCGGUCUGGAAUGGAGUGAAAUUCAAGCUUGUCUACCAACUGGUCUAGUACUUACUAUCGAUCCGGGACAUGUCACUUGCCAAUAUGGGUCUAAUGACACAUCCCCUCCUAUCCCCAACUCUGUUUGGAAUUCUGGAAAUGGUUGUAGUUCAUCCUCAGGUUGUUCUUCGGCAUCUUCAGUGUCUUCGUCGAAUGGAUCUGGAUCCUGGCCGAAAACAAAGCAUCAAGUCUUAUAUUCAGUUAACUCUAAAAAUGGAGCUGGGUUUAACAUGAAUGGGGAAAAAGAUGUUGAAGUCCCAAUGAACGAGGCUUCAAAGAAACAGUUAGAUGAUGUCCAAACACAUUUAGCAACUGAAGCCGCUCUCAGUGUCCUCACUGAACCUGAUGAUGGCCAAGUCACAUCUACCCCUGACUCAAAGAGGGCAUCUGGAGAUUCACUAGAAGUCCAAGAGAAGACAGAUUUGAUUAUCGGGAAAAAAGAAAAGUCCGGUGAUAGUAGUUUUUUCGAUCAUAGUGGAACCACUGAUUCAUCACAAGCAAAAUCAGAUAUCGAAAAUCAAUUUCCUUUCAAUGACUUUCAUAGCAAGGCCAUGCGUCAUGCUGAAGAAUUAGGAGGUGAUCUUCCGCAGUUCGAGAGCCACGCCAGUCAAGCUAAUGCAAUUCCUCCAUUCACUCAAACAACGCCAUCAACAUAUGUCCAGAAGUCGACUUCCACUCCUAGUUUCACUGCGGCCACUUUCGCAGCCACAAAAUUUGGAUCUACAAAGUUGAAGAACCAGACCAAAAGACCUCAUCGUCUCGUUUCUUCGUGUGAACCACCUAGUUCAGGUUAUGCUUCUCAAUUACUCGAAGCCAUCGGGCAGAACUCGAUUCCAUCAAAUCAGAUCCCGUUGAGCGAUCGCUUGAUGCGUUUGAGUGAAAUCCAGAGAAAUGGGAGUGGUAUGUACGGAGGACACAACUUUGGAAUGGAUUCAUCUAGGAAUGGGGUCUUUGGAAAUUAUCACUCUCUGGAUCGUUCCAAUGAUGGUCUAUUUAACAAUAGCAAUGGAAUUUCAAAUGGAUUCAUAGAAAAUGGUUCUGGAGUGAGUCUUUACAACAACUCAGAGGGACCUAGUACCUACGGAAUGCGUUCCAACAAUAUAAUGAAUAACCCAAUGUGGUCUCAGUUUGAAAAGAUUCGAUCUGAGUUCCAGUUGAAGAAUAGUCAAUACCUUCAACAACAGCAACAAUCAACUCAAGAAAACCCUUCAUUAAUGAAUCGUAAUUCAGGCUUCCCAUUCAACAAUAUAGAAGGUAGCGGUAAUAGUUCAAGAAACAGCGGAUCUUUCAGUACAGCCCCAAGAAGCGCACUUCAACAAUCUGAGGGUAAAUUUGGUUUUAGAGAUGAACUAGGCAUCAAUCAAGAUCUAUAUGAUCUCUGGAAUUCACAGAAAUUCAACUCAAAUUCCAGCAAUAACUUCUGUUGGUCAAAUGACAUUAACAAACCAUCAAUGGAUUCUUCUCUGGGACAAGCUUUCAAUGCGCUGAAUAUCUCGGAGCGUUAG